AUGGCAGGAACCGCUUUGGAAACGUUUUUGUUGGACUUGGACGAAACAAGAGGAAAACUACCUUGCUGCCAGGAAAUUCCUCUUAUUCAGCGGCGUGUAAGAAAAGUUAUUAAUGCUAUUCUACUGGAAGUUUGGAGAGAAAAUCCCUUCUUCAAGACAACGCUUAUCAACAGUGGCAGCUUUUAUGAAGGAACUAAAGUGGGAAAGCCUGACGAAUUCGACUUUUUCAUACAGCUUGAUGCUUUCUCUUCUCCAGAAGAUGUUAAUUUUAAGGAACUUCCUUGUUCUACUGUGUACGUGGUCCCAAGCAAAUCAGCUUGCGAGAAUGUGAGGGUUGCAUUUACUGAUCGAGAAUAUGGAUCACAUUAUAUGCCUCUAUUUGACCUUAGGGAUUUUGAGUGGAAGAGAACCAUCAAGACGCCAUUCUUCAAGAUAUUCAACAGCAAAGCCAAAGAUUUUGAAGCAUAUGGGAUGAAAGUUGUGUUGCCAUAUGAAGGAGACGAUAUAGUGAAAGCACCACCUCCCUUAUCGAAACACGGACCAGCGUAUACUUUAUUGUUGGAAUGGAACGGUGGAGAAUCGGAUCUUUACAAAGAAAUGAAAAUCAGUGUAGAUUUGACAUUAGCCGUGAGAAUAAACUCCAAAUCAACCUUGCGUGGUCUAGAGUUUGAUUCCCCAAGCGGUCGAGUGCUGAAGUCUGUCCUAGAGAGACUGCCAUAUUUCUUAGCUGUUGGCUCCUACAGAGAUCCUCUUUCUGAAGAACACACAGACUACUUUAAGAAGGAGGAGGAACAGCACCCUGGAUUUCGGCCGAUUAAUUUCGUUUUGCGCUGUUCUCAAUCGUCUUUUGAGCAGUUGCUGUUUGUUCAAGAAUUUGGCUCGAACAGUGGUCAAAGCAAAUGCCUUAGGUUACUGAAAGUGCUGCGUGACAUGAUGUUUCCUGAUGCAGAACACAGCACGGCGGAAACAGGAAAAACCGACAAGAUCGAAGACUCCAAACUUGCAUAUUGGAUCUCCAUAGCAGACGACCCUUCAAAUGAAGCUGUCAAAUUGAUUUCCUCUUACGUCCUCAAAACUCUAGUGUUGUAUGAAUGGCAGAAAAAUACAGACGCUGAGUUGUGGAGCGGAAGUAACCUGACUCAGCNCACGUCAUCUAGUUAUGAAACACGAUCUGCUGUCUUUUAGUUUUGCCAUGGAUGACAUUUUCCUUCGUGUUUUAGACAGUACUUAGCUGUUUUUGUUUUGGAAUAACAUCGACAUUGGCGAGUAGCAAAACGAAAAUAUAAUUCAGUGGUAGAGUCAUGGAAGUAAUAAAAGAAACCCUUUGAAAGAGAUGUUUGUCUACUCCAAUUCAACUAAACCUCCCGCAAAAAAUAGCAAUAUUUGCCUCUCGGAGACAGCGUACCAGCACAAAGGAACGAGGAAGAAGUGCAAGAAAACAAAUCAAGCUGCCAUAAUUCAGCGACAGUGUUUCAUGUACAAACCACAUCGCAAACCCUGACCGAAGUCGAAAACAAGCGACAUUUCUAAGCAGAGUCCCAGUCCACUGCAUCACACCUUUUUGCUCGGACGCGCUCGUUUCACCGCCCUACCUUUAUCCGCCCUGGACUCAGCGCUUGAUCAGCGUCCUUCGAGAUCUGGUGAGACGCUUGAAGGGCAAAAAACUGACAAGCUUCUUUUAUUCAGACUACAGCUUGUUUAAGAAGGAUUCUCUUGAUGUGGAUUUUUCAAAUGCUGCCGCCAUUAUUCAAAUACUUGUAGAUCGGCUGGUAUCUUUCAAAAAGUUGCCAGAGUACAAGAUUGAAGACUGCUUAGACAAAAUCAUCCAAGACUCAACGAUAGUCUCUCGAAAGAAGAAGUUAACUAAAUUUUUGUCCUGUGGAUUGCGCUAUACCUCGUUUGAUUAUGAUACACUUCAAAAGGUAAUUAAAAAGUCACUGGUAAACGAGGGGAAGGGAGAAAUUUACGAUUCGCCGAAGAGUACAUGUUGCAUUAGACAAACAUUGGAUGAAGCAUACCGAGUUAUAGUGGAGGAUAAAGAACGACAACAAUUUGUGGGCAUUUACAUUCAAGCUUUGUUAGAUCAAAUUGCUCCCGAGGAAACCUUAGCCCUUACAGACAUAAAAGUCAAGGCUUUUGAAUCUUUAAGCUCCGCAGUGAAACAAUUUAAAGACAUAGCGCGUCGGAGAAUGGCUGGACACGAUGAUUUACCCAGCUACAGCCUUUGGAGACAGGAACACUGGACAAUCGAACAGUCAUUUUACAAGUUGACUUCCGAUGAGCCAAAGAAAUUACUCACAUUACUCCUCAAAAUGUUUAAGGAAGACAUCAAAGUGCUUCACGAUAAGUUGCAUGGUUAA